AUGAGCCCCGUUAAAGCUUUCUGGCAUCGCAAGUGUCCACUGCGAUGCGCUUCUAGCGCAACAUUUCGCUUACCUCUUUCGCGUGUGAAACUGGGAGGAAGGGGACUUUCGGAUGGUUCCAACACCCUGUCAAAUAUUUCGUCCGCCUCCUGCUCCUUUUCUGGCGCCCUUUUUGUGGCUGUGCGUUUUGUGCAGUUUGAGCAAACAUCUGCCACACUGCGUGGUAUCAAUACACGCAAGCGGGCUACAGCUGCACCAUGGAUAACUAAGAGCACGAAAGACUACAUGAGUGAAGUGAAUGACCACGUCGCUUCAGUAAAUCCAGUGAAGGAUAAACUACAGAGGGAAUCGAAGGCACGACGAGACCGAUUCACACAAGUUGCGGAAGAAACCGACCGCAUUUUUGAUACCGAAAUGGACCGCUUUCGGUAUGAUGACGCGCGGCGGUGGAGGAAAGGGAUUGAUUUCUUUAAACGUCAAGGUAUUGCCUUCACCCUGUUUUACGUCAGUGCAUACUUGGGUUGUUUGUUUGGAUUGUAUAUUGGAUUUGCGACAGGAUUCUUCAAGAAAGAGGCUGCUUACGAAUAUAUGUACUUCUUCCUUGGUGGUUAUGUUGAAAAGGAGUGGUUCUACAGCCGCGUAGAAGCAUGGGGAACUUACAUAAACUUUGGGUUUGCCUUCGUUAUCAAUGAAAUGCUUGAAUUCAUUCGUUUACCGUUUAUGAUAUACACCUUCUACACGUUUAGACCUUACCUAACACGGGUAAAUAGACGUGUGAAGCCGUCGAUCUUCCGCUGGAAUGCUGCGGAGUCGUGA